AAGAUAAUUAAAAAUGAGCGAUGAUAUAUUGAGCAAGAGCAAUUUGGGGGAAUUUGGCGAAGUAAGUUUUCAAAUAGGUUUUUACUAUAGGACUUAGAUUAAUAGUUAUAUGAGAGGUGCGAGUAGUUUUGUUAGAAAUUGAGACGCACUAAUUAAUAGCUCUACAAGUUUAAUUUUGAUCAAAUCAUAGGCAAUUUUCAAAUAUCGUUAAUUAAAAUCCACGUAUAGCUAAGGAGUAGUUGGGCUAAAUGUUGGGCGAAGAACCAGAACUCUUAAAGGAAGUGAAUGGUUUAUUGGAAGAUGAUGUUAAAUUCAAGACUCAGAAGGAGAAAUUGACUGAAUUCGUGAACAACGAGACCAAUUAGAGUAAGGCAAUGGAGACCAUAUUGAAAUAAAUACAGAAUGGGUAAUUGGAUGGCCAUCAGAAUAAAGAUCACAUCUUGGAUUUAUUCAGCAAUGAUCCUCAAUUGCAAUAGUAAUUCCUGCAGAGUUUCAAAAAGAAGCACGAGUAGAAUCCCCCAAAAAAGAAGGUUGAAGAGAAUAGGAAUUAUUUCUAAAGACUAUUGGAUAAGAGUGGAAUAGCUGUUAUUGAUAUGGUAAAAAUUUGAUUAAUUAAAAUAGAAUGAAUUACUAUUUUGGGAUAAAUUUAGAUUGAGAGUGAUCCAGUAAUUCCCCAAUGACUAUUAACAGUUCAUGAAUGAGUUUCUGAAGGUUAUUCAUCUCUAUUCUGAAUGCAUAAUCACUCAGAUGGAAGUUAUGGAAUUGAUUAAUCAAUAAGGCUGGUUGGAGAGAGAAUACAUAGACGAUAUAAGGUCGAUGUUGACCACCAGAGUCAUAGCUAGAAGAAUACAAACUCCAUUAUUCAAACCAUUGAAAGAUACCGAUUUUGCAUAGGUCGACAGAGUGACUAGAUCAUAUGUGAGAAUGCCAAUUGGAUAUGCCAAGGCAAAUAACAAUCCAGAGAUUCUUAAUCAUUCGUGGGUUUCUGUUCCAUUUGGUUCUGAAGAUUAAUCAUUCUUGAUUAUGAGAAAAAACACCUUUGAAGAGCAAUUGUUUAAAAGUGAAGAUGAACGAUUUGAAUUCGAUGUCAACAUCUAAUAGAUCAAAAGAACUAUUAAUCUACUUCAAGAAAUCAUAGAUGGGAAUAAGGGUGAGUAAGCUUUAGUGACCAAGGUCAUUGACAUGAGAAUUUUAUAAUAAUUGUAUAGAAAUUAGACUCAAGAUCAGAAUGAAAUCUUACAAUUGUUUUAAACUAAACCUGUAGAAAGUGCUAAGAUUUUGAUUAAGAGAGUCAAGUAGAAAUUAAAUGAAUUGGUACAAGCAAGAAAUACUAAGGCCAAAUAAGUUUGGGAAACGGUCUCUACAAUUAACUUUCAUCGAUCAUUAGAUCAUAGAUCUUUCUAUUUCAAAAAGAAUGAUAAAUUAGUAAUCAAUGGAUAGAGAUUUGUUAGAGAAAUUGAAGAGUAUGCCAAAAAUGUACUAAUUAAAUUCCUUGGAACAAAGGACCAUGUAUUCAUUAAAAGAAAGGCUGAUAUCUUAUAGUUCACCUUUGAUGAGUCCUUUUUAAAUUCCUUAGCUUAAAUGACCAAUAUCAAACCAUUCCUACCAAAAUAAAUGCCAUUGGCUGCUCCGACAAAAGAAAAUGUCCGUUUUUGUCCACUGAUUUCUCUUUGGAUGGGUAAUGAACAAAUACUCUAAGAAUGUGGGUAAUUUGUUAUCCAUUAUCUUUAAAUUAUGGGAGGGAAUAACUCAUUAGAUAAAAGAAAUGGUACAUUCCUAAUGAUUAAAUUAAUCAAUCACUUUUUUUAAGUUCCUAUGAAACCCAUGCAAAUAUCUGAGUUGAUUUUAAAUGAUACUAAAUUAAAGACAGAAAUAACAGAGUUAGAAAUAUAUGAUAUUCAUUAUAAUCCUGAAGAGAAUACAGUCUCAAUUCCAGAGAUAGAGAAUGAACCUCCAGGACACUUCUUAAAUUUACAACCAAGAGUGAAGUCUACAACUUAUGUUACUCAAAAUUUGUACAUCUUAUUGAGAUUUUUGCAUACCAUAUAUCAGAGAUUAGAAAUGGCAUUCAUAAUCAGUAAACAGAACACUCUAGGAAAGGAUAGGAGAUACAAUUUGUUUAAAUCAGCCUUGUUCCUUUCUUUGAAGGCCAAAGACUUUAAAUAUGAGGAUCAUUUAAGAAGCUUAUUUGGAAAACAUGUAUGUAUAGUUAUGACUCUAGGGUUUCAUAUUUUCAACUUUAGAAAAGGUGCUUCAUGAUGCUGCCAAAUAGUUGGCAAUCUGUGCUUCAGAUCCAGUGACCACUAGUUAUUUUGAGAAGUCUGCUUCAUUCAGUGGAGACAUUGAUAAAUACUUUUAAGUGGUCUCCGGAAUAGUCAACGGGGAAGGUAUCAAAGUGUCUGAUUUGGAGGCUGAAGUGUAUUACCAAUUUUAGACUCUGAAAGAAGAAGAGAUGCUGUUAAGAUUGCAUGAGACACUUCAGAAUUGCAAACCAGAGAAGAAACCCAUAUACAGAGUAAGAUGACUAUUCAUUUUUAGAUUGCAUGUUGGCAUAAGGCCUGUUUCAUAUCGAUGUUGCCAGGAUAUGGAGGGCAUAAUCAAGAGAAAUGUACUUCAUGGAAGCAACCCUUUUUGAUGAGAAAUAUGAUGAGAGGAUAGAGGAGAAUGAUGAUUAGAAACGGCAUCGAGUGGAUGGUAGAUGAGAUGUGUCAUUUCAAACCUAUCGUCAAUAAUGGAGAAG